GUUGAGGGCGAUUUCGGUUAGUCUGUAUUUACAAUAUAUCUUUUACGGUCAAUAACCACACUCACCCUGUUUAAAUAUGCUUAUAAAAGUGGAGUAAUAUUUUCAGGUAUGAAACUUAAAGCUGCUGAAGAUUUAUUGAAGACAUCUAUGAUAACUCUAACAGCAGCGAACGACAUCAUUAAUACAUUAGUAACUGGUGCCAGCGAUCUGGAUAAUGUAAAAGGAACAACUACACCAGUGACUAUGAUAGGAAACGGCCAUGAACCAUCCGGAGGGAGUCACCGAGAUCAUAUUUCAGGGAAUAGUCUGGGCGAUAAUUACAAACCUACAAACGGACUAAAUGGAGCAUUCUACUCAGAUCAUGAUCCGAACACUGAAACGAAAAUAGACAAGACUUCAACUGGAUCUCGUCGAACAGGAAGUAUAGUAGACAAUAGAGACUUAACGCCAUUUGAGAGUAUAUUUGGAGAGAUUGUUCCAGUACCGGAACGCGGUCAGAUUCAGACCCCUAUAACCAAAAGACAUCUCGGUGAAAAGGACUUUGUGAAGUCGGGUAAAAAUUCCUUACAACCAAACACCAAGGACAAAGACAUAUUUUCUCAUCCCGUGGACUUUCCUCACCAAGCGGAGCCAUAUCCACAUCUAACAGGAAACGGUAAAUCGCCGGGUAUGAUGCCACCUCCACCACCAAUUGACAUGCGUGCUUUUCCAGGGUCGAUGAUGUCACAGUUUGAAUCACCUGUACCCCCGCAACAUUCAAUGCCGAUGGGAGGACCAAACCCGGGCUUCAAUCCAGGACAAUUCGCCGGCGGGCCAGGACCUGCACUAAAUCGGGGAUUUAUGUCUCAAGGAGGUCCUAGAGGUUUCAUGACCGGAUGAAGUGUCAUACCGGGAAGAAUGCUUUAGGACAUCCAUCAUUGAACUCGACCAUAUGUAUUUCAAAUGAUAAACCGAUCGUGCCAGAAAACAUUAUUUGAAUUUUUUGAUACUCUUAUCUAACGGAGAAAUAUUUUGAAAAUAUCCAUACAUAAUGUUGAUUCUAUUUGCGAGCAAUAUACUUUUUCAUAUUCAUUAUUGUAAGGUUUCCAAACGACUGACUCUUCUCUUUAAACAUCCAUGUGUCAUUGAUUUGUUGCUGUUCAUAUUAAUGUACUUCCGGUAAAAUAAAUGUACUUCUGGUAAAACGUACCCAAGACGAGCAUUUAAACAUACUCUUGAGAUUUCGAAGUGUUUGUCAGCUUUAGACAAAUUUUGUAGGAAUAUAUAAUUAACAGUGGUAUUAGUAAGUGAAUUUCAAUCACUAUAAGUAUAAUGGUGGUUUAUGCUCUCAUAUCAACCACAAGUAUUUAACGGCUCGUUUCAACCACGACCAAAUUUAAAAAUACAUCUGAAUGCAUGAAAUAUCAUUGUACAUACUAUUUAGUAAUAAAUAACUUUGUGUUAAUCAUGGAAUAAUGAAAUAGAAUUGAUUCCAAUGUAUGAUUUGCUUGCAUUCAUUUAUUAAUUGACAGAAAGCACUAUUAUUAUCAUUUCGAAUUAUAACUCAUAAUCUCUGCUAUACCUGGUUGUUUCAAGAUGUCGGAAUCUUUAAGUGAAAACUUAUGAACCUUCCGUCCAUCUUCAGUUAUGCUGUAACCAACGAGGACAUGUGUUAUUUAUGUUUGAAGAUUUGUAUAUAUACAAUUGAAAAUAUUAAAAUGUUCCAUCUCAAAGUAAUCAUAGGAACAGGUGAUAAUUAACAGCUAAACUAUACUAUGCAUGUACUAUACGUAACACAACUAUACGCGAGAACUUCCAACAAGUAAAUUUGUGUCUCCAGCUUAUGGCUGACACGUCAUUUAACAUUAUAACUAAUGAUAGUGUUCGAAUGCACAACAAAAUUCGAGUAUGAACGUAUAGCCCAGAUUGUGUAGUUUUAUUGGUAAACUCGUGAUGUUGCGAGCUUCCUCGACACAUUUAUAUGCAACUCAUGUGCAUAUUUACAUAGGUGAGAUACAUAUAUUCAUUUUCUUCCUGAUGAAUUAAAGAUAAACGCUCAUGAGGGGAAUGCUGGAUAACUUAUCCUCGGCGCAUCAUCGACCUCGGCA